CUCUUGUCGCAUCCGGUGCCAUGGUGUUGUGCGAAGUCUGUUCAGAUUCGUGCGAACAUUUUCACUGCAAAACAUUAUGACUCAACAAAAAAAAAAGAGGCGCGUAGACACUAGAGGCACAGUCUUGUGAGUUGCGACGCACAGUCAAGUAUCGGUUGCCAAAUCCGUGCGAACAACGGCUGUGGGCGAGUAAGCAAGGAGAUGAAGAUUGCCUGUCGUGUGGUGGAGCCACAGCCACAUGCCGAUGACUGCCUAAUCAGGGAGAAGCCGUCGUGGGCAAGCGGGGAAAGGCGAUAAUCAUGGUACCCUCACUGGUGGUGCGUGUCUGCUGUCUAGGCCUGAAGCUGGCUAGUUCGGCGCGGCUCUCCCCAGUCCCCACCACUGUCAUUGUCAGUUGGUUCUGCUCAUCGCCACCUACGAGUUUCUCCCUGCGCCUUUGGAGACUCGCUGACUGGGGAAGAUGGUUGUCCAGGAGUUCACAGUUGAUCUCAACAAGCCCCUUGUUUUCCAGGUUGGCCAUCUUGAGGAACGGUACCAGGAAUGGGUUCACCAACCGAUCGUCAGCAAGGAGGGUCCACGCUUUUUCGGAAAUGAUGUCCUGGAGUUCUUGACUCGCACGAAGUGGUGGGCUGUGCCAACUAUAUGGCUGCCUGUUGUCUGCUGCCUGCUCGUGAAAUCUAUUCUGAUGGGUCAUACCGUUCAGGACGUAGCUAUGAUGGCUCUAUUUGGGAUAUUUAUUUGGACGCUGAUCGAAUACACUUUGCACCGCUUCCUGUUCCACAUUGAGACCAAGACCUACUGGUGGAACACCGCGCAUUACCUUCUUCACGGGUGCCACCAUAAGCACCCCAUGGACUCACUCAGGCUUGUGUUUCCUCCUACUGCAACAGCAAUUUUGUGUUUCCCGUUCUGGAACCUGGUCGCGUUCUUCGCAACUCCCUCUACCACACCCGCACUGUUCGGAGGCGGUCUGUUGGGAUAUGUGAUGUAUGAUUGCACUCACUACUACCUGCACCAUGGGCAACCAUCCAAAGACCCAGCAAAACAUCUCAAGAGGUAUCACCUCAACCAUCACUUCAGAAUCCAGGACAAGGGCUUCGGCAUCACCUCAUCGCUUUGGGACGCUGUCUUUGGGACAUUGCCUCCAUCCAUGACGUCUGGGAAGAAGAACUGACGCACGUAACUCAAUUCUUGGCAUGAGAGAUUCUAGGGGACCUGUAAUAUAUAUUCAAGCUAGGGAUAAUCCUGGAUCUGUCUUCGUGCGAUGGGUUGACAUGUUCAUUCAGUUCUCAAAGUUCUUGUAGUGUACUGAUUGUCUGUUGAUCUAUUCUGAAUGUGAUGAUAGUACUUCGCUGCCUCA